AUGUGGCCCGAAUUGCCUCUCGUACUCCUACUCACCAACCGCCCCUGUUGCAGGCCAGCUCAUCCUUUAAGCUUUAUAGCCGGUAUAUCUAUUUGGUUCUCUUCUUUUCAUGACUUGAGGAUAUUAUGGGCUCUUAUGACAUGUAUCCUUCCUACGACUCUAUCUGACGUCAGCUCCUCAUCUAGCACACGAUCCAACCUUGAAAUAUCUCGAAGAGCAACCUUUUACCGUCCUCUUGAUAUGCCUACUAUGUCUUUUGAGAGAGCUAUGUCAGGCGUUGUCGUUUUAACAGUGCAGUCUACCUUAGGGAUUACCAGAGGGCAUGCAACUUCCAAUGAGCAGAUGACUCCAGUGCUCUUGUUGUUACCUUGGUAG